UAAAUUAUCCCAAGGAAAACCCGCCAAAUUCCUCAACGAUCAGCUCAAAAAACCUUUUCUGGAAGUCGACCGCUGAUUCCAGAAUCACUCUAUUCAUAACCUUUCCGCUGUCAAAUAAAACCAUGGCCGAGAUACAGCUCCUUUCAAAAGAAGUCAAGAAAGGAGAAGACUCGUUUCAAGCAACAAUUUCCGAUCUCGCAUCGCGCGUCCAAUCGUUACUGAAACAACAAACCAACGACCCUACCACGCCCGAAAACCGCAACGGAACUUCAAAUCCUGUCCAAAAAGGAAAUGCAGGGCACAAGUGUCAAAAGCGCAUCCUCAUCGGUCUAGCCGGCGUCCCCGGAUCCGGCAAAUCGACCGUCAGUGCCGCACUGCUCCUCGAGUUGGCAAAAAGGGGCGUUGACGUCGGUGGGCAAAGCGGUCAAGUCGUCGUAGUUCCCAUGGAUGGAUUCCACUACACCAAAGCGGCGCUAUCGUCGAUGGAAGACCCGGUGACUGCGUUCCGUAGACGCGGUGCGGCGUUUACUUUUGAUGCGGAGGGGUUUGUAGAGCUUGUGAUGAAGCUAAAUGAGUUUCCUGUUACUUCUUCUUCUUCUUCUUCUUCUUCUUCUUCUUCUUCUUCUUCUUCUUCUUCUUCUUCUUCUUCUUCUUCUUCUUCUUCUUCUUCUUCUUCUUCCUCCUCUUCUCCGUCGCUAGAUCCUGCGACGCGGGGAGCGGGUGAUAUUGUUGGAUCCGUCGAACCCGAGGUCAACGAACAAUUCAUGUACGCUCCGAGUUUCGACCACGCGGUUCAAGACCCUGUUCCAGAUGCAAUCGCCAUCUCGAGUCGGAGCAGGGUUGUGAUUGUCGAGGGGAACUACACGUUAUUGGAUAUUGAGCCUUGGAGUCGAUUGAGGGGAGUUUGGGAUCAGAAGUGGUUUGUGGAUGCGGAUCCGGAGAUUGUGAAGGAUAGGUUGGUUAAGAGGCAUCUGGCGGCGGGGAUUGAGACGAAGGUGGAAAAGGCAGUGAAGAGGGUUGAGGGGAAUGAUCUUGUUAAUGGGGAGGUUGUUAGGAGAGCGCUGGGGGAGGUCGAUGUUGUUAUUGUGAAUUGA